AUGGAUCUCCCUGUGAUCGCCGUCGUCGGCUCACAGAGCGCGGGGAAGUCCUCGCUCAUCGAGUCCAUCUCGGGUAUCAAGCUCCCUCGUGCGUCGGGCACAUGCACUCGGUGUCCCACCGAGUGCAAGCUCGCGCGCUCCGAUAAGCCCUGGAUGUGCACGGUGAAACUCCAGUUCACGACGGACGCCCAGGGCCGCCCGUGUAAAGUCCGAAACGUCCCUUUUGGCCCGCCGAUCUCGGACAAGAAUGAGGUCGAGGAGCGAAUCAGGCGCGCGCAGCGUGCCAUCCUCAAUCCGUCCACAGACGCCAAGUUCUUCCUCGGCGACGGGGAGAUGGGCGACGGGGAGGACGAGAGCGCAGUGUCGUUCUCGAAGAACACGAUCUCGCUCGAGAUCAGCGGAGAGGACGUUGCUGACCUGAGCUUCGUCGACUUGCCUGGGUUGAUUGUAUCGACCACGAACGGGGCGAGCGGGGAUAUCGAGCUCGUCAGGAGCUUGGUGUCUUCGUAUAUCAAGAAACCGAGUUGUGUUAUCCUGUUGACCGUCACCUGCGAGACGGACUUCAACAACCAAGGCGCGCACGAGCUUAUCAAGGAAUUCGACCCAAAGGGCGAGCGCACCGUCGGGGUCUUGACCAAACCCGACCUCCUUCAACUUGGCGACGAGGAUUUCUGGAUUGACCUCAUCCGCGGAAAAAACGUCCCCCUCUCCAACAAAUGGUACUGCGUCAAGCAGCCCAGGCCCGACGAAGUCAAGAAGGGCAUUACCUGGCACGACGCACGUGCCAACGAGGAGACAUUCUUCGCAACGCGGGAUCCGUGGGCAUCGCUCCCGGACGAGUUCCAGCGCCAACUGCGCACCGCGAACCUGACGGACCGCCUGAGUGGGAUUUUGUCCGACCUCAUAGCGGCUAGACUCCCGCGUAUCGCCGACGAACUCUACGCGCUCCUUCAAAGCACCGAGACAUUGCUCCGCGACCUUCCCCCACCUCCCUCGCAAGACCCCGUCGGCGAGGUGCUUCACGCGCUUACGCGCUUCGCGCGCGACCUCGGUCAGCGUUUGCAGGGGACCCCUGAUGCAGACGGGAUCCUGCAGCGGAUGCAGGGGCCGCAGGAGGAGUUCAAGAGGGCUGUACGCGCGACGGCGCCGAAUUUUCAGCCGAGCGAGAGGGAGCAGGCGUGCGACGGGGUUGGCGAGCCGGGGUUCCUUGUGUGUGAGGAGGGUGGUGCGGGAGACGACAGUGGGAUGGAGGGGGCGGCGAUUUAUCUGGAUGAGCUUCCGGGAAACUACCCGUUCGUCGUGAAGCAGAUGUACAUCAAGCAGUUCCUCGAGAGGUGGAGCGUGCCCACGGCCAUGCUCUUCGACGAGGUGUACGAUAUCCUCCGGGACGAGCUCGAGCGCGUCAUCGACGCGCACUUUGCGCAGAUGGGCCGCGGGGUCGCGAAGAACCACGUCUCGAUGAUCAUGCUGGACCACAUCGACCAGUGCAAGUCCCGCACGCGUACCAUGCUCGACUGGCUGCUCUCCGUCGAACGCGUGCCCACGACGCUCAACACGCACUACUAUAUGGACUACAGGGACAAGUUCCUCGCGUUCUACCGCGGCUCGCGGGCGCAGAACAGCCGUAGCGACCUCGCGCGCGACUUGCAGAGCUACGCCCCGCCGGGCCCGGACGAGGAUGCGAGCACGUUCCAGGACGCAGUCGGGCGCGUUGUGUCGGGUCUGAGCGAGAUGGGCAUCGCAGCGCGGGCGGAAGAUAUUCCGAAGAUGCUGCCGCCUGAUCCGAUGGAGAGUGCCAUCGAGAUUAUGGCGAGCGUCAGAGCGUACUUCCAGGUCGCGUAUAAACGCUUUGCGGAUAUGGUCCCGAUGGCGAUUGACCACGAAAUUGUGCUCGGCCUCGAGAAGGGAAUGGAGCAGGCGCUCCGCGAGGGGCUGAUGAUCACGAGCGCAAACGCGAAGGAGUUCUGCGAGUCGCUUAUAGAGGAGCCAGCGAUCGUCAGAAACCGCCGGGCGGACUUGCAGAAGAAGCUUGAGAGGUUGCACGCGGCGAGUAGGGAGCUAAGGACGAUGAAGAUAACAUAA